AUGUCUCAAGAUCAUCAAGAACAAGCGGUGCUCGAGCACCUGGAAGAGGUUCUUGCUCAAGAAAGAGCUAAAAAGGCUGCAUCUACAGGAGGUUCUCGGUUUCCAACAAUGGUUGUGGGUCUAGCUACUGGGAAAUCCGCUCCAAGGGUUGAAGAACUCACUGUUCUCAGAGAAUUGAGGGUGGACUUUGAGAACAUGGCUGCAAAUGGAAUAGAUAUCAGAACUGAGAUAAUGACUCAAGGUUGGAAGAGCUACUUUGAUAGGCUCUCAGGACAAGUGUAUGAUAAACUGGUGAAGGAGUUAUGGAAGCAUGCUGACUGUGAUGACUAUCAAGUAGUCUCACAUAUUCUGGGUAGAAGAAUUGUCAUCACUGAGAGGUCGAUUGCUCAACUUCUAGGAAUGGAUCAGGUUAAGGCAAAGAGAUUUCAGAGUGUUGACAACAAAAUGUCUGGAAUCAGGAAAACUGUUAACAAGGAACUCUUUGGUAACUGGCAACUGAAGAAGACAGAGUACAAAGCCAGCGAUCUAUAUGCAAACUUGAGAGUAUGGUUCAAGAUCAUUCUCACUUGCAUCAACCCCAGACCUCUAACAAGCUCGUCGGACUACAUCUGUACCACUCAGAAAGUGAUGCUCUAUUUCAUCAAGAAGAAGCUGUCGUUGUGGCUUUCCUUCUUCUUCUUCACAUAUCUGAAAUAUUGCCUGAGGAAGUCCAGAACCACUUCUUUUGAGAAGAAGGCUGUCAUCUACUACAUCCCCUUUGGAAAGCUUCUUUCUGACAUAUUUGUGGAAAGUGGCCUAGUGAAAGACUUGACUGAUGCCGGGUGCACAGAAGAUCUGACCACAACUUCUGGAGAUGCGCUCAACGGCAAGAAUUUGAAGAAGUUGAAGAUGGUGAAGACAGUCAAAGUAUCUCAUUCUGAUGAGUCUCUAGAGGAUAUCAUCCAACAGAGAAUCCCUGUUGAUGAUUAUCCCUUGUGGACUAUGCAGGAUGAUAGGACUGCCAUUCUUCAUUAUCUGAACAUGAUGAUCGAAGAAGGCUAUGAAGUGGAUGUGGAGGAAUUCUUCAGGACCCUUCCAGAAGGUCCUCGUGAUGAAGACCUUCCUUCCAGGAAGCAGAAACGGGAUGAUUCUGAGACAGAAUCUGAUGAGAAGCCAAAGAAGAAGAAGACUAAAGCAACCACUAAGGCUAUUGCUACUCACUUAGUAUAG